AUGACUAGUGAAUUUCUCUCAGGCCUUGAUCAAGGCUUGUCGAAAACCCCUUUCCAGAGAGCCCUACUUCGCGCACACAUGGAUCUAGCGGCUUCAUUUCUAUCAUCCACUUGUCCAACAAUUACCCUCUGCUCCGGUGAUAAUAGCGUCCACGUCGGGGACGUUGACGUUACAGGCUUUACUCCACCUUCGCAUAAUCACUUUUUGACUGCAGAAAAUCAGGAUAUUGGGUUCAAGAGCUCUAUCUCAUCUGAUGCUGCUCUCCUUGAUGAUCAUAGCUCGUUUCCCUCUCGUUCAGGCUGUGUCUAUGAUACCCAUCAGUCCUGCUGUUCAUCCAGACCAGCAACUCCUCGACACUCCCAACAAUUCCGGGUCCCUGAUACGGGCUCCUUUAUCGAAACGCCAACCAAUAUCCCUUCCACAUCUUCGGCAACACUCUUUUACGAUAAGUCACAACCAGUUGAAAUACCAAGCGAAGUGAUUUCUCACCCACUAGCUGGCCAUUUCAAUAGAUCAUUAUCGCCACAGACGGCUGGGGCACAACUCUUCGUCCAGCCAGAACAGAUGCGUACUGUUGAACAGUCAGCGACUGGCCUCGGCUCAACGAAAAUAAACGUUCGCACCUACGAUCCGGCUGAUGUUGCCGAGAUGCUUGACAUUUCUAUCUCACAUAAGGACUAUCAAUUGCUCACCGAUCCUAGCCUAGUUGACUACGUAACUGAUGAUGUCACAGAAGCCAUGCUGAUGCAAGAGUACACUAGCUCCCGGAGUCGUCUGCCAAUUCCACAUCAACAACCGAGAUCUUUACAGGCGUCCCGGGCUAUGUCAGAACAGCCCUCUCAACUUAAUUUAGCUGCUGACAACGAAAUCGCGACCAACUGCACCCCCAAUGAGACUAGUAGGUGCCCAGAGUGCCGAAAUAGCUAUCAUGACCACCGCAGAUGCUUGGCUGCUCAGCGAUCUUGUUUAAAAACCUCUGCAAAUCAACCUACCGGUAGCAACCAGUUUUCUCGUAUCCCAACUUUAUUCAACUGA